AAUCCAACAAUCCAACAAUCCAACAAUCCAACAAUCCAACAAUCCAACAAUCCAACAAUCCAACAAUCCAACAAUCCAACAAUCCAACAAUCCAACAAUCCAACAAUCCAACAAUCCAACAAUCCAACAAUCCAACAAUCCAACAAUCCAACAAUCCAACAAUCCAACAAUCCAACAAUCCAACAAUCCAACAAUCCAACAAUCCAACAAUCCAACAAUCCAACAAUCCAACAAUCCAACAAUCCAACAAUCCAACAAUCCAACAAUCCAACAAUCCAACAAUCCAACAAUCCAACAAUCCAACAAUCCAACAAUCCAACAAUCCAA